AUCUCGAAAUUGUAUUGGUCGGUCACACUGGUUACUUGCAUUUUGGCUGGAAAAAAAACUGCAUUAAAAAUUGGCACUAAAAAGUACUCGACACCAUGGAGAAUGCCGACGUAGGCAGUGCUUGUGCCGCUGCUCAGAAGCGCCGCUUCUCGGCUAGCGAUUGCCCGGCUCGAGAUGCGGUUAUCAAGCCAUCGCUGCCCGAAGCUGCACCGGAGCAGCCGCAAACGAAACAGCGCCGUAAGGGGGAGCCGCAGCUACCGGAGGAAUGGUUUUCUGAUUGUAACCUAAUGGAACUCUGCGAUGAAGUCCUCUAUGAGAUCUUUAAGUACCUGGACACGCCCUCUAUUAUGGCCUUGAUGCACUGCUCACCGCGUUUGGAAAAUCUUCUACUAGACCACCGUUUUUGGCACCAAAUUGAUCUCAGCAAUGGGCCGCUGCCCAUGGGCAUCCUCGAAGAGAUUCUUGGGCGCGCCACAGAAAAGACACACACAGUAAAAAUUUGCGGUCCUCCAUCAUCGCAGCAUGUGGCGGGCGAGGGUCGCCAGUUUACUUUGACACUAAACACUGUCUUCCCUAAAGUGGCCACGCAACUCAAAGUACUGGAGCUGCAGGGCGUUAGCCUGGAUUUCGAAUAUAUACACAUAUCCGAGUUUCCAUCCUCGCUAAAGCGCCUUCUAUUAAGAGAUUGCAGUGUAAAAGUUGGCAACAUGGUCAAGAGUAUAUUCCAUACUAUAGAGAUGCAGCUGGUGGAUCUUGAGGAUCUCGGCAUAGAAGAUAAUGACUGGUUUGAGCCCUACUACAUUAUGGCCCUGUCCAAGCUCCCGUCUUUGCGUCGCCUUAGUCUCAAAGGCUGCCAAAUGCUCUGCAAGUUUGUGCCCUAUGGCAGCAUGGCUGCUCGUUUCGGCUUUCAGAAGUUAGAGGUUUUGGACCUGCGUUUGACUCCUAUCAACAACUCGGAUCUUCAGUGCUUCAGUGCAAUUGAGAAUCUUAAAGAACUGCGCCUAGAAUCACCCCCUAAUAUGACUCCUGAAGCUCCCGAACCUCUUAAUUUGACUAAUGCCCAAAAAACAAAUAACGGCAACCUUAAUGACGAGGCUGCUCCCGUGCAGCCGGAAUCUCUUAAAGUGCUUAAUGACGACGAGCCCUCCACCUCACGGGCAGCAUUGGAGCAUAUGCGUGCAACGAUUGCACAAAACAAGGAACAAACGGUAGCGGAAGCCGCUAACAGCGAAAACACCAACGAAAGAAAUAAUCAAGCGCCCUCAUCAGCACCUGCAGCAUCGAGUUCCCGGGAAUCAUUACCGAAGCGUACCUCUGGCUUUUCGGAAUCCGAGGACGAAGACACUUCAUCUACCUCGGCUUCUUCGUCCGACAAAUCCGAGAGUACGACAUCACAAAGCAAUGGUCACAAUGGUGAGGCUUCCGUGCGGUCACCGCUAGUGGUCGUAGAAUUACCCGGUAUGGGAGCUCGUCUUGGUAGACAGGAACAACCAGAACAACCGGCGGCGGGUCCAGAGAAUCCAGAUAACCCCGAGGCAGCUGGGCAAGACCCUAGACCUCUGCCACGGGCAUACAUUUAUGUGCCCGAAGCUGAUCCUGUCGGAGGAGAGAAUCCACAUCCGAAUCGUAAUCUUGUUUCCCUUCUGGAUCAAGUGGCGGAUCACUUGCGAAACUGGCGUGGCAACAACCCAGCACACAGUCGCUUCUUGCCGCGACGCGAUCAGGUAAUCUACAUGAAUCCUCAUGGCGCCAGGGAGCAUAUGGUCUUGAUGCAGACGCGCCGGCAUCGUACUCAGCAGCGCGGAAACUUGGAUCAGGUUGUGAGUCACCCGAUGUUCUGGAACAUGUUGGAUCCCCUGGAUCGCGAAUAUGCCCGCCGUCUACGCCAUCGCCCUCCACCCUGUUCAAGUUCGCAUCAGUACUAUGUCUCCGAUCGAGCGAUCUACAGCUUUGGCCGGGCGGCGCGCCCCGUAGAACCAGAUGUGGUGUGGAUACGGCACAUUAAUCGAUCACCCAACAACCGCUUGGAGCGACUUUCUCUACGAAACUACCACCAUAUUACUAAUCAUACACUCGAGCAUUUGGUGCAGUGUUCUCCCAAUUUGGUGUACAUCGAUGUUAGUGGCACCAGCAUAACGUUAUCGGGAUUGCGUCGCUUUAAGAGCAGCAAGCCAGAGUGCGAAGUGGUGGCUACCCACUUGACGUUGGAUGACAAAAACGACGAAAGCGACGUAGUAAUAGAGCCGGAAGAUGAUUCACCGGAUGAUCUAAAUGAUAAUCAGCCACCACAGUCGCCACCACCUCCGCCUGAGUUGGCGGCACCAUAAUCGUUUAAUAUUGAAUGUGUUUUGUUUUGUAUUUCCUGAUAUGUAAACAUAUUCCUGACGCGAUGGUCCGUGAUGAAUUAAUUUUUAGCAAGACGACAAUGACGAAAACAUGGCCAAGCCGACAAACCACAACGCUGGCUACAAGCGAGUGCUGUAGCUCCAGUCAACUAGUAUUAAAUUACAAAAUAAUCAAGCCCUUGUACUAUACGCUAGGCUCAUUGCAUUGUAUAAACCCAGAAGUCCAAGAAAUCAACCUCCUCUUAGUUAGGAAUAAAAUAUCACGUGAUCCAUAUGGUAUACAUCUAA